AUGGCCUCUCACCCCCAACAGCCUAUAUGUCAAAAUUGCACUACCUCAACAACCCCACUAUGGCGUCGCGAUGAGUCUGGUGCUGUUCUUUGCAAUGCCUGUGGUCUCUUCCUCAAGCUCCAUGGCCGCCCACGUCCCAUCAGCCUCAAGACUGACGUGAUCAAAAGUCGCAAUCGUGUUAAAAACACUGGUCAACCCCCAAAGCGAAAAGCUACGACUUUCGACUCACCAGUCGCCGUUCCCAAUGGAGUCGACAUUUCACCUCCACUCGCGAAUCGGCCACAGCGUAUCCCCAGGCAGCCUUCCUCGGCUCCUGGCGGAUCUGUGUCGCCCCAAUCUCGAAGUGGCACCCCACUCCCUCAGGGCCCUUCAUCCUUCUUCGACUCGAUCGUAGCUCAGGAUGCCCUUCUCGAGCGCAUGGGUAGCCCAUUGCCUUCCCUGAAUCUUAGUCACCCUUCUCCAGGGUCCACCUCUUCCCAGCAUGACCGCCACCACUCAGAGCCUCCAACCUAUGACCAGCUUAUGCAAGAGAAUACUAAGCUCAAGACCCGUGUUUCUGAGCUCGAGCUAGUCAAUGACCUUUUCCGCGGCCGUGUUGUUGAGCUUGAAAACGGGGAGGCCAACUCUCGCCGAUCGGAGAUUACCCGACGAGAAAUCGACGCUCAACUCCGCAUCAAUAUCGACGAGGGCCUAAGGCGGGAAGAGGACCUUAAACGCAAGCUCCGGGACUUGGAGUCCGAACUCGCCGAAAUGCGAGAACAGGAUGCUCAUCAGCGUAAGAAGAUGAGAGUUUCUGACCUUGUAUCCAUUGAGGAUGCUGCCACUCCUGGAACCCCCCAGUCGGGUGUAUAA